AUGGCUCGAAGAUUUCCAAGAAGAAACCAACCUGAGGACAUACUCGAUCACCACUUCUUACAAGUCCUACAAAACAUGAACGAUGAAACUCGCAGUAGAUAUUUGAACAAGCUUAGUUUACUGCUCACCAAAGAAUUCGACAGCGUGCCUUCAUUUGACUGGGGAUUGACGUCACAAAUUGGACUGGAUGAACUUACCCGGAAUUUUUUGCAAUAUACCUACUUGGACACGAGUGGGGUCUAUUUUUUUGUAUGUAAAGGUUGGGACAGACUGUUCAAGAUACAGGAACCUAUUUAUCAGGAGUUUUUUUUUUUGGAGUUCCAUUUUACAGUUUCCUUCGACCCUAGGGAUACCCCCAAUGACAUAACAACUUUUUCCUUUCAACUUGGUGGGCUGAGCAGGGAGUGUAGUGCGAUUAAGCUUUCCAUUAGAGUGGGGAUUUAUACUACGGAUGAAAUGAAGAGUGUCCACUUUUCGACAUUGCUUGUUGAUUGCGUUAGGAGACGACCUGCUGACUAUAAUGAAAAUACAUUUUGGGCUGAGAUUAAUGGGAGACUGUACACACCAUCCACUGCUCGAGGGAAGAUCAUUCGGUCCACCACUUCCAGAUUAUUACAUCGCCUGAUUUCCAUAUCUCUCACGCAUUAUAAGAAUAGUGAGAGAGUGCCUUCUACAUAUUUGUUUUUCCUAUAG